CAAUUCUACAAUGUCAUACAGCUUCAUGAUUUUGGGGAUCUUGGCCACGAUAAUCCUUCCAGAAGUUAUUGCCAACGAAAAAGACAUAUGUCGAAAGUUGGUCCAGACGUUUCCCUUUCCAACCACAUUAGAGGGCAAAAUGAUACAAAGAUCGUUUUAUAUGGAUCCGAAACAUGCUGUACAUUAUUAUCAAACACUAAAUUCGAAGUUAAACAUAUGCAUUCCAGUGAGUUUAGCACACUUUUUACUGAAGGAGUAUUCGGUUAUAGGUACGGACAACAAGGACUUUGUAGUUCUACAUAAGUGUUACUACGAUAACGAAUCUGUUGCUUACAAAGAGUAUAUUAACACUUACACAAGGCAGAAGUUCCCGAGCGCGGAAACUCUAGCUGCAAUUCGCGAGGUCUACAAAAGGAAUGGCUUGGAUGAAAGCCGAAUGAGCGUAUUGUGUCAACGAUGAAAUCGACACCCAGAAAUUACUUCUGUUUUGUAAUGUCCAAGUGAAGGUCUAAAAUAUACGCACGACGAAUUCUUUAACGCUUUUUA